AUGUCGGCCUCAGCUGGAAUUCCCAAUGCCUCAGGGUCAUCCAGCGGUGUGAAGAAAGAUUUCCCCCAGGUUGACCUGUCAGGCAAUGACCUACCACCUUCCCCUGCCCCCUCUAGUCCUCAUACCGGUCGCCGGUACAAUAUCGCCACCGAGCUGGUCUUCACCGAGGGCAGUGACCAAUACAAUGCCAGCAGCGUUCCUAUCUACCAGAGUGCUACCUUCAAGCAAACCUCCAACGCCGGCGGUGGAGAGUAUGACUAUACACGGUCCGGGAACCCCACUCGCACACACCUUGAGCGUCACUUGGCCAAGAUCAUGUCAGCACAGCGCGCCCUGGUGGUCUCAUCUGGCAUGGCAGCCUUGGAUGUGAUUACAAGACUUCUCCGCCCCGGUGACGAGGUGGUCACCGGUGACGACCUCUACGGUGGCACCAACCGUCUGCUUAAGUAUCUCUCUACCAACGGCGGAAUCGUUGUGCAUCACGUCGACACCACACAGGCCGAGAAGGUCCAGCAGGUGCUGAGCUCGAAGACAACCAUGGUGCUUCUCGAGACCCCUACAAACCCCCUGAUCAAGAUCGUCGAUAUUGGAAAGAUUGCCACCGCCGCCCAUGAAGCCAACCCCGCCUGCAUUGUCGCUGUGGACAACACCAUGAUGUCUCCCCUGCUCCUCAACCCACUAGACUUCGGUGCCGAUGUCGUUUACGAGAGUGGUACUAAGUACCUCUCUGGUCACCACGACCUGAUGGCCGGUGUCAUUGCCGUGAACGACCUACAACUCGGAGAACGCCUAUACUUCCCGAUCAACGCGUCAGGAUGCGGCCUGUCACCGUUUGACUCUUGGCUACUACUGCGCGGCGUGAAGACGUUGAAGGUACGCAUGGACCAACAACAAAGCAAUGCCCAGCGCAUUGCCGAGUUCCUUGAGUCGCAUGGCUUCAAGGUGCGCUACCCCGGUUUGCGGUCCCACCCGCAAUACGAACUCCACAAUUCCAUGGCGCGGGGUGCCGGCGCUGUUCUCUCGUUCGAGACCGGUGACACGGCCAUUAGCGAGCGGAUUGUGGAGAGUGCCAAGAUUUGGGCUAUCAGUGUCAGUUUUGGUUGUGUCAACAGUCUGAUCAGCAUGCCCUGCCGUAUGAGUCAUGCUAGCAUUGACGCGAAGACGCGGGCGGAACGUGCUAUGCCAGAAGACUUGAUCCGGUUGUGUGUUGGUAUUGAGGAUGUAGAUGACUUGAUUGAUGACUUGCAACGAGCGUUGGUGCAAGCUGGUGCGGUGAAUGUCACUCUGGAUGGUAUUGAAGCUCGCAUGAAUCGGGAUGUUGUGCAAGAUACAAUAUCUACAAUGGCGACAAUAAAGGAACAGGAACAUCAGGCCCCCAGCACACGCCCGACAGCUUCAACAUGGAAUACGAAGGAUAUGGGCAAGCGACUCGGUGUUGAUGUUGUUAGUGCAGCAACAGCUGGUGUUCUGACCUGCCCAUUAAUCACCAUCAUUGAUCGUGCAAUCAUGGAAAAAGCCUCGAAAGGCUUCCCAAUUGGUCAAACAAUCAAAAGCUGCCUCCGAUCAAUGGUCGCUCGACCCAGCAGCUUCUUCUUCAGCACUCCAUUCCUCCUCAUCUACACCCUAUACACCUCGACUUAUCUGACAGCAAAUGCAAUCGAUACCCUCAGAUCAACAACACACAACCAACCCUACAAUACCAUUGACACAGGCCUCCCCAAGUUCUUCGCAACGACAAUAGUUAACAUGACAAUCUGCGUCUAUAAAGACGCGCGCUUCGCCAAAAUGUUUGGCGUAUCUCCUCCCAACGAAUCGCCAGCUCGAAGCAGCACCAUAAAUACAAACCCAGUCGCGUGGAAGUACAGCUCUGCUCUCCGCGCACCAUGCCCUCCCUCCGCGCCCACACCAGCCCUCCAGAUUCCAAAAGUCUCCUACGGCCUCUUCUGUCUUCGCGACAGCAUCACCAUCUGGGCUUCUUUCAAUAUUCCCGCUCUUAUUGCACCCUCAGUCCCAGACUUGAUCGCCUCGAGCCCAACUAUGAAAUCCAGCAUCGCGCAAUUUGCCUGUCCCGCUGCUAUGCAGUUCGCCAGUACGCCCAUGCAUCUCCUUGGGUUGGACCUUUACAACCGCCAGCCGGCUAGUGGUUUGCAUUGGACUGAACGUGUAGCACGGAUUCGUCGCGAUUAUGUGCCUAGUUGCUUUGCGCGCAUGGGGAAGAUCGUCCCUGCGUACGGUGUUGGUGGUGUGGUCAAUGUGCGAAUGAGGGACUCCCUGAUGAAGAGAGUUGAGAAGGGAGAGUAA